UUCAGAUCUUCUUCUUCAACUCUUUGGACCACUUGAACAAACUCUGGAAAAUAUCUGCAGCUUGGAGAUAAGAUUGAAAUAACAGCUGAAAAAGUGAAGGUGAAAGUUGAAAGUGUGUGUGAGCUGAUGUGGAUGUGAAUUCAGCAACAUGAAUGAGUAUGAGCACAGAGACCCUCCCUCUAAAACCAUUCUGUGUGGGGAAGAUGAGAGCCAGAGCAAAGGUCAAAGCCUCAAACCAGAACCCAGCUGUGUGUCCUUCCAGAGUGAUGGGUCAAAGGAUGACUUCAUUAACUUUAAAUCUCCUGGAACUCCACCAUCAGAGAGAGUGGACCUGCAGAACUCAGAAGUUCCCAGUGGUCCAUUUAGCCAGCAGCACCAAACACAGUUGGACUCCAUAUUUAUGCUGCUGGAGGACAAUAUUGUCAUGUUUGUGAAGAAGGAGCUGAAGAAGAUCAAGAAUGUUUUGAGUCAAGAUGACCCAGAAUGCUCAGAAAGUCAGGGAAAUGAGGAGGUGGAAGGUGAGGAUGAUGAGCAGAGGAAGAACAGCAGAGAAGCAGUGAUGGGGAUCACAGUGAACUUCCUGAGGAUGAUGAAGCAGGAGGUGCUGGCUGACUGUCUGCAAAGAAAAACAAUUCCUGCAUCUUGUCAACAUGAACAUAAAUCUAGUCUGCAGAAGAAGUUCCAGUGUGUGUUUGAGGGGAAUGCUAAAGCAGGAAGUCCAACCCUUCUGAACCAGAUCUACACAGAGCUCUACAUCACAGAGGGAGGAACUGGAGRGGUCAAUGAUGAACAUGAGAUCAGACAGAUUGAAACAGCAUCCAGGAAACCACACAGACUAGAAACAACAAUCAGACAAGAAGACAUCUUUAAAGUCCCACCUGGAAGAGAUCAACCAAUCAGAACAGUGAUGACAAAGGGAGUGGCUGGCAUUGGRAAAACWGUCUUAACACAGAAGUUCAYUCUGGACUGGGCUGAAGACAAAGCCCACCAGAACAUCCAGUUCAUAUUUCCAUUCACCUUCAGAGAGCUGAAUGUGCUGAAAGAGAAAAAGUUCAGCUUGGUGGAACUGGUUCAUCACUUCUUUACUGAAACCAAAGAAAUCUGCAGCUUUGGAAACUUCCAGAUUCUGUUCAUCUUUGAUGGUCUGGAUGAGAGUCGACUUCCUCUGGACUUCCACAACAAGGAGAUCCUGACUGAUGCUACAGAGUCCAGCUCAGUGGAUGUUCUGCUGACAAACCUCAUCAGGGGGAAACUGCUUCCCUCUGCUCUCCUCUGGAUAACCACACGAUCUGCAGCAGCCAGUCAGAUCUCUUCUGAGUAUGUUGGCAUGGUGACAGAGAUCCGAGGGUUCAGUGACUCACAGAAGGAGGAGUACUUCAGGAAUAGAUUCAGAAAUAAGGAGCAGGCCAGCAGGAUCAUUUCCCACAUAAAGACAUCACGUAGCCUCCACAUCAUGUGCCACAUCCCAGUCUUCUGCUGGAUCACUGCUACAGUUCUGGAGGAUGUGUUGGAGACCAAAGAGAGAAGAGAGCUGCCCAGCACCCUGACUGAGAUGUACAUACACUUCCUGGUGGUUCAGACCAAAGUGAAGAAGGUGAAGUAUGAGGGAGGAGCUGAAACAGAUCCACACUGGAGUCCAGAGAGCAGGAAGAUGAUUGAGUCUCUGGGAAAACUGGCUUUUGAUCAGCUGCAGAAAGGMAACCUGAUCUUCUAUGAAUCAGACCUGACAGAGUGUGGCAUUGAUAUCAGAGCAGCCUCAGUGUACUCAGGAGUGUUCACACAGAUCUUUAGAGAGGAGAGAGGGCUGUACCAGGACAAGGUCUUCUGCUUCGUCCAUCUGAGUGUUCAGGAGUUUCUGGCUGCUCUUCAUGUUCAUCUGACCUUCAUCAACUCUGGUGUCAACCUGAUGGAAGAAACACAAACAUCUACAAUGUCUUUGAAAUUUAAGAUUUCAGAAACAAAAUAUCUCCAUCAGAGAGCUGUUGAUCAGGCCUUGCAAAAUCCAAAUGGACACCUGGACUUAUUCCUACGCUUCCUUUUGGGACUUUCACUGCAUACCAAUCAGAGACUCCUACAAGGUCUGCUGAAACAGACAGGAAGUAGCGCACAGACCAAUGAGGAAACAGUUCAGUACAUCAAGGAGAAGAUCAGUGAGAAUGUGUCUGCAGAGAAAAACAUCAAUCUGUUCCACUGUCUGAAUGAACUGAAUGAUCGUUCCCUCGUGGAGGAGAUACAACAGUCUCUGAGUUCAGGAAGUCUCUCCACAGAUGAACUGUCUCCUGCUCAGUGGUCAGCUCUGGGUUUCAUCUUAGUGUCAUCAAUAGAAGAUCCGGAUGUAUUUGAUCUGAAGAAAUACUCUGCUUCGGAUGAGGUUCUUCUUAGGCUGCUGCCAGUGGUUAAAGCCUCCAACAAAGCUUUACUGAGUGUCUGUAACCUCACAGAGAGAAGCUGUGAAGCUCUGUCCUCAAUUCUCAGCUCCCAGUCCUCCAGUCUCAGAGAACUAGAUCUGAGUAAUAACAACCUGAAGGAUUCAGGAGUGAAGCUUCUAUCUGCUGGACUGAAGAGUCCAAACUGCAAACUGGAAACUCUCAGCUUGUCAGGCUGCCUGAUCUCAAAUGAAGGCUGUGCUUCUCUGGACUCUGCUCUGACAUCUAACCCCUCCCAUCUGAAAGAGUUGGACCUGAGCUACAAUCAUCCAGGAGAUUCAGGAGGGAAGCUGCUAUCAGCUGGACUUAAGGAUCCACUCUGGAAACUGGAAGCUCUCAGGGUGGAGCCUGCUGGAGUCGAAUGGUUGACACCAGGUCUGAGGAAGUAUUCCUGUGAACUCGCCAUUGACACAAACACAGUGAACAGAAGCCUUAAACUGUCUGAAGACAACAGGGAGGUGACACGUAUUAAGGAGCUUCAGUCAUAUCCUGAUCAUCCAGACAGAUUUGAUCCUGCUCAACUGCUGUGUAGAACUGAUUUGACUGGUCGCUGUUACUGGGAGGUUGAGUGGAAAGGAAAUGUUGACAUAUCGGUGAGUUACAGAGGAAUAAAGAGGAAAGGAGACUGUUGGUUUGGAUGGAAUGAUCAGUCUUGGUGUCUUAGAUGCUUUAAAGGUGGUUAUACUGCCUGUCACAAUAACAAGGCAACAAACAUUCCCUCCUCCUUGUCCUCUGUCUCUAACAGAGUAGCAGUGUAUGUGGACUGUCCUGCUGGCAUUCUGUCCUUCUACAGAGUUUUCUCUGACUCACUGAUCCACCUCCACACCUUCAAAACCACAUUCACUGAACCUCUGCUUCCUGGAUUUUGGUUCAGUGUCUAUUCCUCAGUGUUUCUGUGCUGAGUUGAGCCUAAAGAGUCAACUCCUGUCAGAGGAGUGUUGUCACUCUUGAACAAAUAGUUCAGUCUCUAUAUUUCUCUUUCACUCAGAAACACAUUUUUAAGAUUCAUGGUUUUAAACUCUUCUAAUUCCUUGGAAACUUCUUCCUCUUCCAGUUGUUUAAAGAUGGAAGCAAGGAUUUUUCCAGGAUUCACAUGUUGUUAUUCUGUUUCCAGUCAAAGCUUCACACUGAAUGUCAGGAUGUUGUGUUUCUCUCUUGGUGUUUUCCUUUCAUUCAUUGAUCAGAUUUAAUUUAAAUGUCGGACAGUUUUUCUCAAUCGCUAGACAAUGCCAGUUUCUGUUUUCAUGUGUUGCAGAAAUCAGCUUCAACUUUGACAUAAAAUGAUUUCUUUGUAAUUAUUUCUGUCAAAGAUGGUUAUUUGUUGAUCAUAUUAGAUUUGUAAAAGAAAUAAAAAA